AUGACACAUACCGUGUACGAUCACAACAAAAUCACGCUGGGUCCCGGGUUUGUGGUGAAGAACGUUACUACGCCCAACGAAGCUUCGUCGCUGGUCAUCGGCAAUCUGCCUCUAGCGACUGCGAGAGAGCCUCUUACACGACUCAUCGAAAGCUUCGGUGGUACCAUCCUAGAUAUGCAAAUACCCGACAGGAGCACAGUCAACAGUGGUGAAUCCAUGUCUGUGGGCAUACGGAUGAGCUCUCAUCUUGAGGCGGUCACUGUUGCCAAUGGGCUCGAUGGCGUCGUCGCUUUACAUUGCUCGAACACGCUCUCCGUGCGGCCCGCAGAUAAUCACGUACGGACUCAAUCCCAGGUGUCGAGUGCGGGCUUAUAUAUCUCUUGGAAAGUCCCGACAGUCAACGUCUAUGCCGGUUUCCGCUCGCUCAAGGCAGCUCGCAGAGUAGUCGCUCUCGCCGAUGGAUAUGAUUGGGAUGGGUUCUGGAUCACUGCCUCGAUUUAUGACGGCUUCCCUGUCAUUGGCGAGCACAACGUACGCUUCAGCGGCCUACCGCCGGAUGUGAAGUUGAACCAAGUUACCCGCCGCUUCCGUUGCCCGAAGGUGGAUCUCAACAUCGACAAUCGGCCGCGGCUGCUACCAAACUUUGGUAUUCCUCAGGUGUUGAAGCGCGUCAGCGAGUUUGGAGAUGUCGACCAUCAUAGUGCGACACGCCCUCCAUAUAAGGAUGACGUCGUCCGAGUGUGGUGUUGGUUCAAGAACCCCGAUGUCGCCUAUGUUGCCCGCGAACUCAACGGCGUCCCGCAGCGCUCUCUUGGGGGCCUACGGCUCGCUGUGAGGCGCAUAUACUCUCUCAGAUAUGCGAUUGCUCGCAGAGUCUAUAACUUCAUACGAGACGACAUCGAAGAGUUUCGCCAAGCGUCACAGCGUAUCCGCCGAGGCUGCAAUAUCCGACUUCUGGAUCGCGAUGAACGACAAGGCAGUAUCCUGGUUGAAGUCAGCUCCACGGACGAUAGAAGUUUGCAGGAGAUCAAGUCGCGUCUCGCCGACAUUGCGCAGGGCGAGGUUCUCAUGGACGGCAGUGUCCCGCUCUGGGACCGUUUCUUUACCACGCCCUUCGGCGCGGACUGGAUGAACACCGUUCGGAAGGCCACUCCGAAUACAUUGGUGGUCAUUCGCAGAGCUCAGUCUUGCAUCCGGGUCAUCGGCGCGCCAAAUAAGCGAGCGGCUGUUCUUACCGCCGUCCGCGAUUUUGUCGCCACGAUGCGCCGUAAACCUAUCUACACCAUACCGCUCCCCGGCAUUCAGUUCGGCGUCUUCAUGCACCCAGCAUUACUUGAGGCGCGCGAGAAGCAUGGCUCAAGUAGCCUCUGGCUGGAUCUCCCGCAUCGUCAGUUAUGCCUGCGCGGUGACGAAGCCAUGUACGAGGAUGUCCAAGCGGCUGUACAUAUUGCUACCAAGGCGCACUCGCAUCACCUUCCGCAAUAUCGGUGCCCCGUUUGCUUUCACACUCCGACGUCAGCAAUUCUACUACCGUGCGGCGACACAUAUUGCAAGGAGUGCCUCACGAGUUAUCUGGCUGCUGGUACCGAAGCGCGACAGUUCCCUUUGACCUGCUUUGGCAGCAGUGGCGAAUGCAAAGAACCCAUCCCGCUUGUCUCCGCCCGCGACAUUCUGUCGCCUACGCAAUGGGAGGAACUCGUUAUUUCCGCCUUCAAUGCUUAUAUCACCACAAAGCCGGACGAAUUCCGUUUUUGUCUUAGCCCGGACUGCCGGUUGGUCUACCGCCCAGGAGCAAAGGACAGCAUCUACACUUGCCCCGCGUGUCUGAUCCGCAUCUGCUCGUUUUGCGAUGUCGAAUACCACGAAGGCAUUGCCUGUGAUGACCGUAUACAUGGACUUGACAGCGCAUUUGACGAAUACGUUCGCAUACACGAUGUCAAACAAUGCCCAGGUUGCAAGGCCCCCAUUGAGCGAGUGGAAGGCUGCGGCCAUAUCACAUGCACGCGCUGUCAUACACACACGUGCUGGAAGUGUAUGGAGACGUUUGAUAAAGGUGUCGGGAUAUACGACCACAUGCGCGAGGCUCAUGGGAGCAUAGGGGUGUAG